AUGGGCAGUGGAAAUAGUAGCUCGGUUGUAGUAGAUGCAACUGAAGCACAAAGGAACAUGUAUAGAGAUAUGAGGAAGAAGGAUCAGAAAGCUAUAUUCUACAUCCAUCAUUUAGUCACUUUGCUGCUGACUAAUGGUAAAAAAAAAUCAAAAGAAGAAAAUAUAGCCAAAGGAGAGUUUGAUAAUGAUGAAAUUGUGUUAUUGAUUGCUUCUGAGUCUGAUGGUAGGUAUUUGGUAGACUGGUGGUAUAUGUACACUGGCUGCUCAAAUCACUUAACUGGAAACAAAUUAUGGCUGAUUAAUUUUGACUAUAGAAAGAGGACAAAGAUCAUAUAUGCUGAUGAUAAGUAUCUGAAUGCUAAAGGAAUGAGAAAUGUCAAGGUAAAAGUGAAGAAUGGUAAAAUUGUUCUGAUCAAGGAUGUUUGGUAUGUUUAUGGCACGAAGAGAAAUACGACGAGUGUAGGUCAGCUAAUUGAGAAAGGGUUUUUUAGUUACUAUGCAGGACAAUCUCUUGAGGUUGUAUAA